AUGGCAAGGAAAUGGCAGAAGGUAGCAGCCCUAGGAAGGAAGAGGAUUUCAUUACAGAGAAUCAACAGGGGUGUGGAUGCAGACAGCUGCAGCACAUCAACAGUGGCUGAUAGGGGUCAUUUUGUUGUUUACAGCUCUGACAGAAGACGCUUUGCAAUUCCCUUGGCUUAUCUUAAUAGUGAAAUCUUCAGAGAGCUUUUUCAAAUGUCUGAGGAGGAGUUUGGGAUACAAAGUGCAGGCCCCAUCAUAUUGCCGUGUGAUUCAGUCUUUAUGGAUUAUGUGAUCUCAUUCAUCCAACGAGGAGUUGAAAAAGAUUUGGAGAGAGCUUUGAUCAUGUCUAUAGCUUCCAGUAGCUGCUCAUCUUCUUCAUACUUCCACCAAGAACAGAACAAUGAAUCAUUACUAUUAUGUGCCUUCUGA